UCUAUAAAUACUCUCCUUCACCACACUCAUUUUCACAACUCAAAACAAUUCAACACUCUUCUUUCUAAAACGGGAAUUAAGCUCAAUUCAAACAUGUCUGAAGAAAGUCCUCGUAUUCCUCUUCUCACCCCUUACAAGAUGGGUCCUUUCAAUCUUUCUCAUAGAGUUGUUUUGGCACCAUUGACUAGACAGAGGUCUUACGGUAAUGUUCCUCAGCCUCAUGCCAUCUUAUAUUACUCUCAGAGAACCACUAAAGGUGGUUUUCUCAUAACUGAAGCCACUGGUGUUUCUGACACUGCUCAAGGGUAUCCACAUACGCCUGGUAUUUGGACAAAGGAGCAAGUUGAAGCAUGGAAGCCAAUUGUGGAUGCUGUUCAUGCCAAAGGUGGUAUCUUCUUUUGCCAGCUUUGGCAUGUGGGAAGAGUUUCAAAUAAAGAUUUCCAGCCUAAUGGUCAAGCUCCAAUCUCCAGUUCGGACAAGCCAUUGACGCCUCAAAUUCGAUCUAAUGGCAUUGACGUUGCACAGUUCACACGUCCAAGGCGACUAAGCACGGAUGAAAUCCCCCAAAUUGUGAAUGAUUUCAGGCUUGCUGCAAGGAAUGCUAUUGAGGCUGGUUUUGAUGGAGUCGAGAUCCAUGGUGCUCAUGGUUACCUAAUUGAGCAGUUUAUGAAAGAUCAAGUGAAUGACCGGAUAGACCAGUACAGUGGAUCUCUCAAGAACCGUUGUCGGUUUGCUCUAGAGAUAGUUGAAGCUGUUGCAAAUGAGAUAGGAGCAGAGAAAGUUGGGAUAAGGCUAUCUCCCUUUGCAGACUUCAUGGAAUCAGGGGACUCAAAUCCAAAAGUAUUAGGUCUCUACAUUGCAGAGUCCUUAAACAAGUAUGACAUUCUCUAUUGCCACAUGGUUGAACCCAGAAUGAGAGCAGUUUUAGAAAAAUGUGAAUGUCCUCACAGUUUACUGCCCAUGAGAAAGGCUUUCAAAGGUAUUUUUCUCGUCGCCGGUGGUUUUGACAGGGAAGAUGGAAUCAAGGCUAUAGCUGAGGGUGGUGCGGAUCUUGUCGUUUAUGGUCGUUGGUUCUUGGCUAACCCUGAUUUGCCUAAGAGAUUUGAGCUCAAUGCCCCUCUCAAUAAGUACCAUAGAGAUACAUUCUAUACAGAUGAUCCUGUUAUCGGUUACACAGAUUAUCCAUUCCUUGAAAGGAUUGCUUAGGUUUUUAAUGAAGUUAGAGAAUUUGAACUUGUUUUAUUUUUCAUUGUGAUUUGUAUUUUAAUUCUACUUUAUUUCUUGUACCUUUUGAGUGUUAUUAUUGUGCAUUGUAUAAGUUCAGAAAAUCACCCAGUUGGUAAUAAAAUUAUAAGGCCAAGGGCAACUUUUUUUUUGGGGCAUA